CUUUGAGGAUACAUAUGAGUUAGGGCUUCUACAGGAGGGGCAAGAUCCUCAACCCUGAACGCAAAAGACGCUGCUACUGCUCACACCACUCCGUCCACCAACCUCCCGGCAGAAUCACGACAGACGCAAGCGAUUGAGCCUCCAGUAGCUCCAGUAUUUCUUGAAGAUCAAAUCGAGUAAAUCAAUGGAGGGGAGCGUAGAAACACAACAUGCCUAUAAAAAUGAUGGAAUAGUAGGGAGCGCUUCUUUUACUCACACUGUGACAGAAGGUCAAAGAAUGGUUAAUUCAUCAGGAUAUGCGUAUGAAGUAUUCUUGAGCUUCAGAGGAGAGGAUACUCGAACAGGUUUUACCAGCUUCCUUUACACCAGUAUGAUAGAUGCGGGAAUCCGCGUUUAUAAGGAUGACAAAGAGCUUUGUGAGGGGGAAGAAUUUGGCCCGGAACUUCUCCAAGCAAUAAAUCAAUCGGAGAUCUCAAUACCUAUAUUUUCAAAAGGUUAUGCUUCUAGCGUAUGGUGUCUCAAGGAGCUUGUCCAGAUGGUUGAGUGCCAAAAAACUAGGGGACAGAAGAUUAUGCCCAUUUUUUAUGAUGUGACACCUUCAGAGGUUCGACACCAAACUAGGGGUUAUGGAGAAGCCUUUCUUUCACAUGAAAAUAAGAAUCGAUAUGACAAAGAGACUAUGCAUCAGUGGAAGGCUGCUCUGAGUGCAGUUGGGACAAUAAACGGGUGGGAUUUGCACAACAAGACCAACAGGGAAGAAGGUGAGAUCGCAAAAACAGUUACCCAUAAGGUUUUCAAUGAGUUGAAGAAGGCUUAUUUGGUGGUAUCGAACAACUUGGUUAGUGUGGACCACCAUGUGGAUAAAAUCAUGGAAAAGAUAGGUGCUCACACAAGUGAAACGCGGAUUGUGGGAAUUCAUGGGAUGGGUGGCGUUGGAAAGACAACGAUUGCAAAAUUAAUCUAUAAUGAGCUUUCCAACAAGUACAACAAUUGUUGCUUCCUUUCCAACAUCCGUGAAACGUCAAAGCUCAAGGGCAUUUAUUACUUGCAACAACAGCUCAUCUCUAACAUCCUUAAGAUGAAAUGGACGGAUAUAAAAAACAUCGAUGAAGGGAUUGAGAUCAUUAAAAAAAGGUUGUCUAAUAAAAAAGUCCUGCUUCUUCUCGAUGAUGUGGGAGAAAAGGAUCAUAUGGAUGCACUUGUAGGUAAGCAUGAUUGGUUUGGUAAAGGGAGCAAAGUUAUUAUUACUACAAGAAGGAAAGAUGUUAUCCACAUCCCAGAAGUGGACUAGAGGUAUGAGCUUACGGGCUUGGAUGCCACUCUAUCUCUUCAACUUUUUAGCAAGCAUGCCUUUAGAAGAGAUUCUCCUACAAAACAGUAUAUCAACCGAUCCAAAAGGGCAGUACACAUUGCUGGAGGUCUUCCAUUAGCCCUUGAGGUCAUAGGUUCACUUUUAUCCGGCAAAAAUAAGAAAAUGUGGGAUGCCACAUUGAAGAAGCUAGAAAGUGUUCCUCAUGAUGAAGUUCAGAGUAAGCUGAAAGUAAGUUAUGAUGCAUUAGAUAAUCGACAACAGCAUAUAUUCCUUGAUAUAGCUUGUCGAUUCAUUGGAUAUCACAAAGACAUUGUGGUUAAUUUCUGGGAUGCAUCUGAACUUUUUUCAGAAGUAGCCUUGGAAGUUUUGCAAAACAUGUCUUUGAUAAAGAUUAGAAAACGUAAUAAAUUGUGGAUGCAUGAUCAACUCAGAGAUCUCGGAAGAGAAAUAAUUCGUCAAAAAAGUGAGAUGAAAAUAGAGAAGCAACGUUGGGUGUGGAAUCCCAAGGAAGGAUUGGAUCUGCUAAGGAGACAUAAGGAAAAAAAAGAAGUUGAAGCUCUUCAUCUCAAGUUUGAUGAUCAACACCAUUUUACCUAUAAGGACUUUAAGAGCCUGCCAAAUCUAACGUUCCUUGAAGUAGACGACUUGAAGGAAAAUUUUCGUGCAAAAAGGAAGCUUUUUUGGCUCAAAUGGCCAUCAUAUGCUCUUCCAACUAAUAUUUUCCGAAGGAAUUCAAAUCUCCUUCCACAAUUACGAUGGCUUUCUUGGCAUAAUACUUGCCCAACAUUUAAGAUUGCAAAUUUCUCCAUGGAGAAUUUGAUUAUCCUUGAUCUAUCUUGGAGUGAAAUUACACAUGAUUGGAAGGGGUGGAACCACAUGAAGGCGAUGAAGAAUUUGAAAGUUCUAGAUCUAGCCCAUUGCCAAUGCUUGAAGAGAACCCCCAACUUCUCUUCUCAUUCAAAUUUAGAACGUUUGAUCUUAUCAGGCUGUGAAUCAUUAAUAAAAAUUGAUAAAUCAAUUUAUCAUUUGAAAUGCUUAGUUUUCUUAGAUAUAAGCAAUUGUCUGAAUCUUCAGAGGCUGCCGGAUGAGCUGGGUAGAGAUCUUGCAAGCCUCGAAUACCUAUCUCUAAGAAGAUGCUUGAGUUUGAGGAGCCUUCCAGAGACAAUUGGGAAUUUGGAAUCGUUGAUUGAGUUGAACAUAAGUUACACGAGCAUCAAAGAACUACCCAUUUCCAUCAAAAAGUUGAAGAAUUUGAAGGUAGUGGAGAUGCAGUUUAGUAACAUAAGCAAAAUACACAAUGCCUUUAGGACGAUGGAGAAGCUUGAAAAAAUAGAAAUCGUCCGCAAGGAUCGUCCUAACGAGCGUUUACACGUGGAAAUUGGUGAUUGCAUCUAUGAGAAUAAAUCCUUGAGGAUCUUGAGAUUGAGAGGGGUGAGAAUACACGCCCUACCAAGGCUUCCUGAAAAUCUCAUCGAAUUAGAAUUGGAGGAGUUGGGGGUGGACACGUUUCCGAAUCUCUCAAAUCUCGCUAACUUAAAGGUAUUGCAUCUGGGCUUUGGCCCACCUAAUGGUGAUGGGAAAUCUGAUGGGCUUAUGGAAGAACCGAUACCACCGUGGAUUGGGAACUUAACCAAAUUGGGAUCUCUGAAACUGCGCUUCAGGGAGACUACCUCAUCAAUAGACCUCAGCCUCCCUCCUCAUCCGCGUCGCCUCCCGACACUUCCCUCAAAUUUAUCCUCCUUACUUCUCUUUGGUUGCGACUCACUUUGCUCGAUGGAUGUAUCGAAUUUGAGGAAAUUAUCGUCUCUCUCGAUUUUGUAUUCUGCAGUUGCCGCGAUUGAAGGCCUUGGUUGUUUGGAGAACCUACGAUAUUUGGACCUUGGUGACCUCGGACAGCUGGCGAUGUUACCUGAUCUAAAAAACUUAAACAAGCUAAGGCGUAUUCAAGUAUCCGAUUGUGGUAAUCUAGUUGAGAUUCAAGGAGAACUACCGCGGUUUUUGGAUAAACUUACAAUUUAUUCCUGCGAUUCAUUACAGGAGUUCCCCGAUCUGUUCAGCUUAAUGGGUAAGACAGAUGUUUAUAUGCAUAUUCGCAAUCAGAUGCUUGAAUAUACAGGUGGACAUCGGUUGCAGCUUUAUGGCUUUAAAUAUAUGCAAAUCCCUGAUCUAUGCAAUUGGAAUGGACUAACAAUUCUUACAGUAAGAGAUUGUUAUAAUCUGGUUGAGAUUCAAGGCGAACUACCCCAAUCUUUGGAAACAUUGUGGAUUCAAUGCUGUGAAUCUUUACAGAAGUUGCCUGAUCUAUCAAGCUUGAAGGGACUGCGAGAGGUUACAAUAGAACGUUGUGGGAAAUUAGCAGUGGAGGAAAUUUCUCGGCUUUGCUCGGAGAAGUCAAUCGAAUUUGUGGGAGAAGACGAUAAAUAAGUGCACAUUGCACUUGGAAGCUUUUUGAUGCGCGACCACAAAUUGUUCCCUUGUGUUCAAACCUUAAACAAAUUGAGGAAAGGUGUGCUUCUUAGUGGGAUUUGCAAAUGUUAUGGAGAAGUCAUAAAUGAGGGAGCCACCGCAGUUCCGAGAUUACCAGUGUGGCAAGCACUGGCUAAAGCAGCAGCAUCGGAAUAUCUUAUCUCAGCAACGAUGCCUUCAAUCUUAACAAUCUUUGACGGGCACACUGACAAAGAUCAUUCUGUGCAGCAAACAUCGCCUACAGUUGUAACUAAGAGAAUGCAGCAUUUGCUGUACCAGUAGAGAAGGAGGCCGUCUUGCCGAGACUCGAGAAUUGCACUCACUUACAAAAGAUCGGUAAGAAAAAGAGAGCACCUUCCCUCAAUGCUGCCUUCAGUAAUUGAACUGUGCAUUCAGAAGCAAUAUCAACAUUGUUUCUGUCAUGAGACCCACUCAAUUCCAGGAAAACACUGGCACAGCCACCGAAGUCAGUUAUGUGUCAUAUGCUACUUGCCACCUCAGAAGAACUUUCAUUAGGUAGUGUUGGCUCUUCCAUGUACGUGAAAACUUUUGUAGAACCUGGUGAUCAUAAAAGAAGAGCUUUGCACAAGCCAAGCAUCAAUUUGAGAAAAUCUUCCAAAUUCUUCCCAUGUACAAACUCCGAAAGAUUUCCAAUCCGGCAUGCUACUUUCAGCUAAGAAAGCAACUUGGGAUCCAUAUCCAGAGCCGAUGCCAGAGCCACGCGCAGCUCAACAUCGUUCACAUUUGCACAGGACAGAUCACCAAGUGAAAAUUUGAAGCAGUGGUUGACUGUCUUUGGGUGUAGAAUCUCAGAAAUUUUAGUCAAGUUGAACUCUAUGAGCAUCAGGGAGAGCUUCUGCGCACACAUUGGUAUUGUGGUCCUCAUCCUCAAUCAAGGUUGGGUAAAGAGGGAGAAAUUGCACCAAGGAUAUGGAUUUCAAGUCUGCCAGCUUAAGCUCUAACUCUGGAGUUUUGAUUAGGAAAAUGAACAUCGCAUCAAAUGGAAUCUUGAGGGACAGAAGUCUGGCAUCACCAUCCUUGUUGCCCUUAUACAGAACAUCCAGACUCAGCAAAAUCCCACGGAUGAAUACGUCAGAGCUUUCAGCUCUGUGAUAGACUGAAAGCCUGCAUUUUGAGCUGGCAAUGCAGGUUCUAGGAGCGGAUCGGUGUUGUGCUCUUGUUUUCUUUUUCAAUCCUGAACUACUUUUGGAUCGUGUUUGUAAUUAGUUUGCUGAAUUAUGCUUCGUGUGAGUGUGAACCAUCUAAGUUUUGCCUGUCCAGUGUUUGGUGAUCAUGUGCAAUUUUGAUUUUGUUGUUUGAUGAAAUGAGUUAUGUG